AGUUAUUACAGUUUUUCUAGUAAUGAAACAAAUCCGAAUGAGGUUGAAAAUACAAGCAAUAAACGUCAAAGAUUGAAUGAUGAUGACCAAUAUAUUGCUUCUUCUGAUUUUUUAAAUUUCGAUUACCCAUUUGAUAUUAAUCCUAAUGUUAUACCUGAUCAGAUCUCCUCGGCCGCAAUUCAUGAUGAUUUCUUUAUGUUUGUUACUGAUAAUGAACAGCAACAGCAACAGCAACAGCAACAGCAACAGCAACAGCAACAGCAACAGCAACAGCAACAGCAACAGCAACAACAGUCUAAGGCAAACGGUUCAAGUGAUAAUAAUCCAACUGUAGAAAACAGUAAUAAUUCAAUCACAGUAACAGAAAAUAAUUUACUACCUACUGCUGUAUCUAGUCUAACUUUGCCCUGUAUACCAACACCCGUUAUUCAAAAACAAAGAACUAUCAAUAUAUCAAAACCAAAUUUACAACCACAUCCUAUUACCACAGUGAAUAACAAUAAUAAUGCAACACAAUCUAUAAUUACAACUGAAGUACCUAAUCAAUCAGUAUUUACGAUUGUUAAAAAGAAAAACACAAGAGUGAUGUAUAUUGAUCGAGAUCCAGAGAUAUUUGAACUCAUUGCACGUCAUUUAAGAGGAUAUUAUAUUAGGCCUAUUGAUGAUAUUCAAAACCAAGCUUUAUUAUAUGAUGCAACUUAUUAUGGAUUAAAUCGAUUAAAAAAGUCUUUACAAGAAGUCUUGUAUAUCAAUGUGGGUGGUAGAAUAUUUCGAAUACCAUGGGAUUUAUUCCAAAAAGAUGGUACACGUAAUUUCUUUACAGGACCAUUGAAGCAUUCCCUAUUAGCACCUCAUACUGAACAAGGAAAUUCACCUCCAUUAUACAUUGAUAGAGAUCCUGAUAUAUUUGCAGAUAUUUUAAAUCAUCUUCGUGGUUAUACAAUCCAUAUUAGGGAUGAAAUGCACAGAAAAAAUCUUUUAAGAGAUGCACACUAUUAUGUAUUCCGACAACUUAGUGAUAAGCUGCUAACUGCACAACAAACAGUAGCAGGAUUUGGUGACUGUAGUAAUCCAGAGGUAUUAUUAUUAUUGAAUGAUGUUCGUAUUAUAAACAUAUUGCCAAGUGAAUCAAUAAAUAAAGAAAGAGAGAUAAAGAGGAGUGAUAUAAGAUCAUCAGAAGAAUGGCGAUUAACACAAGUUCAGUAUAAACGUAUCACUGAAGGACCACCUCAUGCAUUAUUAGUGCAAGUAUCUGAUCUAGGCAUACAAAUUCACAAGUCAACUAGUCAUCAUACAAUUCGACUUGAAUUCACUAUGAAUGAAUCUGACAUGAAAAAGAUGAAACAGAUAGCAAAUGCUGCAAGAGCAACUGAAGGCGUCAAUACUGAGUUUUAUUUAGAUGAUCAUUGUGCAAUUACAAUUGAUGAUAUUCAAGUCAAAUCCUUACAACAGUGUAUAGAUGAGAAUAAAAUUGAAAUAAAUUGGAAAUCGUGUUCCAAACAUCAUCAAUGUCAACUCUCUCAAAGUAUUCUCCAAAGGGCUAUCUGCAGUGUUCACUUGAUCGAUAAAAUGCUUACUUUAUGUGUAUUAAGAUUCGAAGCUAUAAGUUCAAAAUUCCAGCUUAAUUUAAAAAGACAGUUUUUAUCAAAUUAAAUAAAAUAGGAUACCAAUAGUAGAAUAGAUACAAAUGCAUAUACAGAUGUAUGUAUAUAU